UGGCACGGGCACAGUCCUUUCCCCUUCGGGACAAGGACCCUCCACGCCACUCUUCUCAGCUUGGCGAAAGGAGAAGGGGCCCGGGACUGGCCGUCUGCAGAUCCAAGCUUUCGGCCUUGCCCCUACAGUGACAUAACUGAAGUGACCUUGGGGCAAGGUGUUCGGUGCCUCAGUUUCCCCAUUUGUAAAAAUGGGCGUGACGCCCCUACCGCUUGUUCCCUGUGGCCGACCUCGCUAUUUAUUCAACGGGCUAUUUGUCCAGUGCUUCCUGUGCCGGCUGGUUAAGAAGCUUUUAGACCUCAGAGGUCAUCGAAUUCAAUCCGUGUUCCAGAAUUUAUGGAUAGGAAGAGGAAGGAACUAAACACUCUGAUGACUUAGGCGGGCUGGAUUGCUGGUCUCUUGAUUCAGGACUUUAGUGAGCUGAUGGGUGAACAAGAACCUUAUCAGCCCUUAAGCACUGCGUGCCUUACAGAGUGGUCGUUGCCAGACUGUGGCUUACAUCUUGAGAGAAGGCCCCUCUCUGGAGUCCACCUAUGCAGGAGAGCUGAAAUAUUCUCGGGAUGGGCGAUGGAAAGGAGGAAAUUUUAGAAGCUGAAAAUCCACAGCCCCGACCUUGGCCUGGGUUUUGCUUAGUCUUCCUGCCACAGAUCUAAGUCAACAUCAGUUGUUGCUGACUUCUCUGCCUCCAGUCCAUCCUCCCUGUAUCUUAUAAUCUUCUGCUGACUCAACUUUUCCUGGAAAAAUGGACCAUUCUCACCACAUGGAGAUGAACCAUAUGGACCACAACACUACCACGGCACCUGCUCACCAUCACUCGGCCACUUCAGCCUCCCACUCCCAUGACGAGAGCAUGGACCAUAUGAUGAUGAUGCCUAUGACCUUCUACUUUGGCUUUCGGAAUGUGGAACUAUUGUUUUCUGGUUUGGUGAUCAAUACAGCUGGAGAAAUGGCUGGAGCUUUCGUGGCAGUGUUUUUACUAGCAGUGUUCUAUGAAGGACUCAAGAUAGGCCGAGAGAGCCUGCUGCGCAAGUCACAAGUCAGCAUUCGCUACAAUUCCAUGCCUGUCCCAGGACCAAAUGGUACUACACUUAUGGAGACACACAAAACUGUUGGGCAACAGAUGCUGAGCUUUCCUCACCUCCUGCAGACAGUGCUGCAUAUCAUCCAGGUGGUCGUCAGCUACUUCCUCAUGCUCAUCUUCAUGACCUACAAUGGGUACCUCUGCAUUGCUGUAGCAGCAGGGGCCGGCACAGGAUACUUUUUCUUCAGCUGGAAGAAGGCGGUGGUUGUGGAUAUCACAGAGCAUUGCCAUUAACAUCAAACUCUGUGGUGUGGCCUUAUCGAUUGCAGUGGGAAGCAGUUCAAGGCUGGAAGACAUGAUUCCUACUCCAAUCUUCCCUUCUCGCUCCUUAUCUCCUUACACACGCACGCACGCACACACACACACACACACACACACACAUAUCUGCUCAACAGAGGUUUAGCUUACAGUCUCUGAGCUAAACUGGUAACCUCCCUCUUUCCCUAAUGAACUGCGAUUCUCAUUUCUCUUGAGGUGAACCCACACAUGAGAUGUCCUGUCCUCCCCCAUCGCCUUAGAUCCAAGUUAUAAGUUCUUGUCUAAUCCAAGUAGCUUUCUAUUCAAUGGCUUGAUCACCUGAUUCCUCUUUUAGACUUCUGUUUUCAUUUUUUUAACAGACAAUAUGUGAAUUUGGUGUGUUUUUCCUGGGUCAGUGAAGGAGAGGGAUUAACUUCAGCCAGGAUUGACAGCAGCUGAGGGAAAUUCUUGCCUAACUAAACCCAGAACCCAUGCUUACCGUUAAAAAAUAAAUUCCGGGUCUUUGGACUCAAUGAGUGGCAAAUACAUUGUGCCUUUCCUGAGGUGUGAUGUGUUACACUGAAAUCUUUGUAGUGGGCAGAGGGGUGGUUUGAGACUAAAUACAGGCCUGGAGCUUGCAGAAAUGUGCAUUCUUGGGUGGCUGACUCCUCAACUUGUGUUCCCACUUAACAUUUCAUUAGAAUGAACUUGUCAAUCAAAAAAAAGAUGACAAUUUGAGAAAAUAGAAAUAGAUAUUUUAAAACAAAACGGUUGACAUUCCGACUUGCUACCUUGGUUUGUCACAGCUGAAUGAAGCGAAAGAGUUUGACUCAUUUCCUCCCAUUAAUUGUUUUCAUGUGACUGCCUCUAAACCAGUAGUUUUCAAACUUUAGCAUGCAUCAGAAUCACCUGAAGCAUUUGUUAAAACACUGGUUGCUCGCCCUCAAACCAGAACCCCACAAUUGGCAUUUUUAACCAGUUCCCAGGUGAUGCUCCUGCUGAUGGUCAGGGGACCACACUUUGAGAAUCUCUGCUUUAAACUAAGGGAGCUCACCUGGUGGGUGAGCUUCCUGGUACUGGGCAUGGAAUUGGAAUUGCUAUCAGUAGGUGCUAUGUCUGGGCUUAACUCAUAUACUGAAUGCUGCUGGUCAAUACUUAAUCAUUCCACAAGCAUUGAUUCAGCCCCAACUGGAUGUAUGUGUGCCCAAGCACACGUGCACAAAGGGCUGUA